AUGACAUGUAACGAAGUUAACUGCAUAAAUUUAUCCUGUGCUUUAUGUUAUGAUUGUCAACAAUCACUCUGUUUAAAUCAUAUUAUAAUACAUCAUGAUACUUUUGUUGAGCGUCAUUUAUCAUUCUAUGAAAUUCUUCAACAAUUAUAUCAUAAACUUCAUUCAAUGAGUAUUGAACAAUGUUAUCAUCAAGUAUUCGAACAAUUAUCAUUAAAUCAUACUUAUACGACAGAUACAAUUCUUCAUCUUCGUUCAAUACGUGAAGAACUUAUUGAACAAUUAAAUAAAUUUAAACAAAACCAAUUUAAUCAAUUAAAAAAAAUUAGUUUUAGACUUUAUGAUACAAAACAAAUAAUUGAUAAUGAUGAAGCAAAUGAUAUUAAAAUUAAAUUAGAACAAAUUCAAAAAUCAAUUAAUUCACUUGUUUAUGGUAUACAUUUAGAAAUGUCUAAAACAACAAAAAAUAUUCAAUGUCGAAAAAUUUUUCAUCAUAAAACACAAUCAUCAUCCGAUAUUAAAACAGAUUUAUUAUUACAAAAAAGUUCUAGUUGGACAAAUGGAUCUACUGAAAAUUAUUGGAAGAAAAAAAAUGAAUCAGAUGAACGUUUAUCAUUGUUUUGA